GUAGUAAGUGGUUAACAAAUAAGGUUGGGGGAGGGGAGACUCUUCACUAGCACCGUAUUUUAGUGCAGAGUCUGUAUACCAGACAGAAAGUAAAAGCAGCGUUUGUUAUUAAGUUUCAGCAUGGACGACUGUGGCGCUGUGAUUAUGCAAUAUAUAAGAAUAAACCCGGCUGCUAGUAAAGAAUCUCCCACCUUAUUUGCUAACUAUUAACCCCUAUAACCACAAAAGUCAAAUUUCUAUGGACUUUGAUAACCACUAAAAAUAACCCCCUAACUCCGAACCCCCAACCACCAGGCCGGAACGCCAACCUUAAACUCUUUCCACCCACCAGCCUAUUCUGCUAUGUACCUAAGGAUUCUUCACUAAUGCCUAAACCUGUUUGAUUAUCUUUCCAUUUUAAGUGCGACAUGUAAAAGAUAUAAAUACUAACUAUUACAUUGUUAGCACGGUGUUGUUUUGUUUUUUUAAACUUGUUCUGCAUAUCCUACAGAUAUCUAAAAAUGUCAACAAAGAAAGGAAAAGCAAAGGUGUCUCAAGCAGAUUUGCGGAAAAUGAUGCAACAAAUGAAAGCAAAGAAAGGAGGGCCAACCGAACAAUCAAACCAGAAUGCAUUAAAACUUAAGCAAAAUAAUGGUAGUGCCAUGAAACGAACUUUUGAAAUGGGAAAUGUCAAACUAGGGUCUGCAAACAAAAGAGCUAAGGCUUCAUCAAAUUUAAACAAAUCUUCCAAAACUAUUUCAAAUAAUAAUAAUGGUAAUCUGAAGCAGUUUAUAACAAUGAAGCGAAGUCACAGGGAUAGUUCAUCCCCGCUACCUAGUACCAGUGACCGUAUAACUACAAUACAACAAUCACCUGCGAAAAUGCAAAAACUCACAGAAGUUAAUCAUCAACCGCCUACAUCACUUGUUACAGGAUUUUACAGUGACUCGGACUCUUCCGAUGAGGAAAUGGUGGUAAGUAGCACAAACACACAAAGUCCUAAUAACAACGAGGCAACAGCAUCUAUAUCUGGUUCCAAAGAAAACACUGUAAAUAACAAAACUAGUUCUCAAUCUUCAACAUCUGCAUUACCGGAAGGUUUUUUUGAUAACUUAGAGGUAGACGCAAAGAUGCGCGGCGUGGAAACUCCAGCUGAUAAAAUGGACAGGGAGUGGGAGUCCUUCAAGAAACAACUUCAUUACGCAGAAGAUCAGUCAGAGCAACUGAUUGACGAAGAGCAAGAAACUGGACAUCUUGAUCGGGAGAUUGAACAAAUAGAUCAACAAAUUCAACUAUACAAUCUAGUUGACAGGUUGAAUGACCAACGGGACACAAAGGUUAAAACAGUUAAUAAAAUAAAAAGUGAAAUGAAAGAAGAGUCGCUAAGCAGCGAUGAUGAAGACGAUGUUUUAUUGAACUGGAGAGAGAAAGAUGCUUUUUUAUGAAUUCAUAAUUAUACAGUACAUAUUCUUUUUACAAAUUGUUAAGCGUAGGCAGUUCUGUUUGGGCUAAAUUAUUCUUAACAUUACCACCAUCUAAUCAUGAUGCCCUAAGGUGGGCUUCUGCUUUAAAUUUUUUGGUUGUAUAGCCUAUUGUAGGGAUGAAAAGUUUCAGUUCUGCACUUUUUCCUGUACAAAUAAAAAAGUUUAAAUAUUUUCAGA